AUGUUCGCCGCAUCUACCGCUCUCGCCGCUUGCGAGCCCAGCUCGGCCUUCUUCGGCUUCAUGGGUAUCACCGCUGCCAUCAGUUUCGCCAACCUCGGCGCUGCCUACGGUACUGCCAAAUCUGGUGUUGGUAUUUGCUCCAUGGGCGUGAUGAGGCCCGACCUGGUGAUGCGUUCCAUCAUUCCUGUGGUUAUGGCAGGUGUGUUGGGAAUCUACGGUCUUAUCACCUCCGUCAUCAUUAACGGUAAAAUGGAUACUCCCGCUACCUAUUCCCAGUAUUCUGGCUAUGCCCAUCUUGGUGCGGGUCUCACUGUUGGUCUCUCGUCCCUCGCCGCUGGGUUGGCCAUUGGUAUUGUCGGUGACUCUGGUGUUCGUGCUAAUGCCCAGCAGCCCAAGCUCUUCGUGGGGAUGAUCUUGAUCUUGAUCUUCGCUGAAGCUUUGGGCCUUUACGGUCUCAUUGUUGGUCUUGUUGUUGCCUCCACUGCUACUGAGAAGGGCGCUGGCCUCUGCAGCUCGUUCGCUCCUCAAUAG